AUGAUGCAGCCACCAACCGAUCCCCGACCUGAUGCGAUGGUCACUGACGGAGAGGACGAGAGCCAGGCCACCGAACAGCCCACCCAGUCGACGCAACAGGUGGACCCUUCUCAGCACGACGAUGACGCUAUGGACGCGCACCUCUGGGGAUAUCUCCUCCCGUGCAAUCCCAACUUGUACCGCGUCGACUUCCACAAGAUGAAGUUGACCUACACCAUUGGCAGAAACCGUGAGGCCCACCUGAACGACGUUGUCCUCCCGGGCAUGAAGAUCAGCAAUUAUCAUUGCAAGAUCUCAUGGGACGGCAAAGAUUCAAGGGACGCAGCUGUUACGGUUCAUGACCUGUCCAGCAAUGGCACCUUCAUCAACGGUGAGAGAAUUGGGAAGGGCAAACACUGGAUUCUGAAGGAAGGCAACGAAGUCGCUUUCGGCACAUCUUCGCCGCAACCAGCCAACGGCGGUCUCGAGGAUUAUCGGUUCGUUUAUCGGCACCUAGCAGGCGGUCCACCAUUGGAAGGUCUGUACGCCCAUUAUCAGCUUCACGCAGAAUUGGGCAAGGGCUCCUUCGCCACCGUCAUGAAGGCGAUGAACCGCGACAACGGGAAGUGGUACGCUGUGAAGAUAAUUCAAUCGAACAAGCUGUUGUCGAAAGAUCAGGCCGAUCCCCACAACUCGGAGCAUGCCAAGCUCGUGCGCGAGAUCAGUAUUCUGGAGUCGCUGAGCCAUGAAAACAUCUGCCAGCUGAAGGAGGUUUUCUUUGAGGAAUCCAACAUCAAUAUCGUCCUGGAAUUCGUCAGCGGCGGGGAUUUGUUGGAUUACAUCUUGGCCAGAGACGGUUUGAGCGAACCUGAGGCACAGCAUAUCACGUACCAGAUUUGCGACGCGCUGGCUUAUAUUCACAACAGAGGCAUUGCUCAUCGCGAUCUCAAGCCGGAAAAUGUGCUUCUCACGAGCGAUACACCUCCUGUCGUCAAAGUGGCGGACUUCGGUCUUGCGAAGGCGAUUGACAGUUGCACGAUGCUUCGUACAAUGUGUGGUACCCCAUGCUAUCUAGCCCCCGAAGUCGUGCAGCAAGAAGACAACGAGGGUUAUUCCGCCCUUGUCGACAGCUGGAGUGUCGGCGUGAUCGUUUUCUCAAUGCUUACAGCUGCCAACGCGUUCCUCGGGGAAGAUGCUGGAGUCGAUAUUAGGCAUCGCAUCAGGACCCGGGUGAUCGACUGGCAGAUGCUCCACGGCAAGGGUGUAAGCGCCGAAGCUGAGGACUUCAUCCGGAAACUCCUCGAAGUGCGUCCGGAGCAGCGCAUGUCACUCACCGCUGCCCGCAUGCACCCCUGGCUCGCCGGCCAGGCUCGCGCACGGGGGCUCACUGCGCAGGCGCAGGCAGGAGUGCAACCCGGACCGAGCAACCUCCUACCUGAGGCCUCGAUGAGUUCUCAGCACUCCGAGAGCAUGAUCCUGGACGCAUCCAUGGAGGAUGCUGCGGACCCACCUGUUCUGGGCUCGCAGGCCUCUAAUAUCGGAAACAUGCCUGGGGCGUACCCCUCCAGCCAGACCGGCCGCGAAGGCUUGCGCGGUGCGCCGCUGCAGCGGCGUUCGCAGGUCCUCGCUGCCGAGGAAGACCAGCAGAGAGUGUUUGUGCACUCGGACGGCGAGGAGGACAACACGCCUGUGCGCAAACGCAAAGCUGGAAGCCUCGACUUCAACGCGUCACUCACGCCGAUGCGGGAGGAAGAGGAGGAGGAAGAAGAGGAAGUCCCGCCGCCUGUCACUGGGAGGAAGAAGGUGCGCGGGACUGAACGCGGCGGUCCCACCGUGCGUCCACGGCGCGGCAAAGGGGCUGGAGGACGAGUACCGGCCACCCCGUCGAAGAGAAAUGGAGUGCGUGCGCUGGAUGAUGAAGCUCCGAGAAGGUCGACUCGUCUCACCGCUACUCCGCAGAAGGGUGUGCGGAGGGGGUGA